AGCAAGGAAGGAAAGAAGGAAGGAAGCAAGGAAGCAAGGAAGCAAGGAAGCAAGGAAGGAAUGCAGACCACACAAAAUAACAGUUCUACCCAGCUUCAUAACAUUCACAGCUGCAUAUACAGAAAUAAAAAAAAUAAGCUUUCAAAUUUUAUCGAAAUCCUGAAACAAUCUCUGGGCUGAUCCAAGUCAGGGCACAAAUAACUCAAGAUCGAAUCAAGAUCGAAUUGGAAUUUAACAUAUUAGGUUUUGCGAAGGGAGGAAAACCGGAGAAUAAAGGAUAACCCUUUAAUGUGUUUUGGUGUAUGUAUUUUUGUUUAUUCAGAGGCAUGCCGCUACUGGAACAGCCAUCUUUGAGUUAGCAAUGUCAUUCAAUCAGAUCAAAAGAUACGAGAAAUCAAGUCAGUUAAGAGUUAAGAAAGACGUGUUGCUAUGGCAACCAGUAAAUUUGACAAAAGAUAACGAUAUGUAUCUUGGGCUAAAAUUAUUUUUUUGAUCAAAAUCAAAUCAAGGGCUUUAGGGAUUUAGUUCAGUUGUUUCUCGUAAUGCAGGCUCGAUCCUCAAGGCAUUUUAAUUUUUCUGUGAUAGCCUCAAUUGUCAGAAUCCUAGCUAGUGUGUUUGCUUAGCACUUUACUUCGAGGACGCUGAGUGGUGAAUGUCUAGGGUGUUAUUUAAAACAGCCUAAGCUGUUUAUCUUGAAGAAUAAUUUACGAAUCUUCAAUCCAGGCUAAAGUAAUAUUGACAUAAAAGCACAAAGGUUUGUAUUCUUGAGCAGUGACUAAAGCCGAAUCCACUCUCACAGCAACAGGAAGAGUCGAGAAGAUUGCAGAUUAUAAGCUGAACUCUUCCACGAGAAAACGACGGAGUAUGAGAAGAAGAAGAGUAGGAACAAGUCAUCAACAGCAACUCAGAGAGAUACGAGCUGUUGUCCUGGGUCAGGACGGAGUUGGAAAGUCAGCCUUGACUGUACGAUUCCUUACGAGGCGCUUCAUUGGUGAAUACGAUAGCUGUUUAGAAGCAACUCACCGUCACUAUUUGACUGUAGAUGGACAGUUUAUUUCUUUGGAUAUUACAGAUACUGCUGGAAACAAUUCCAAAGAGAAAAUAGAAUCAGCAUUGUUAAACGCCAAUCUCAUAUUCCUCUUAUACUCGACGACAAGCAGAGAAUCCUUCCAAGAAGCUUCUUGGAUCUCAAAAAGCAUCCAAGAAAGCAAGAACUUACAGCCCAACACAGCAAUAAUCAUUGUAGCGACAAAAAGCGACCUCAAACAUUCUCGGAAAGUCCACGAGUACGAAGGUUUAUUCCUCGCUCAGGAACUAGAGUCAAACUUCUUUCAAAUUUCAAUAUCUGAAGGCUACAAAGAGACACAAGAGGUGCUUAUUGAAGGGAUCAGAAUGUGCAUGAAUAAAGAACUUGAAAGAGGUCGAAGCUCUACGUUAUCGAGAGUAAAAGAGGGAUUAAAAGGAACUGCUAAAUCUUUACGAAAGAAAUCAUCCACUGACAAUUUUUUCGAUUCCAGAGGAAAUGGAUUUUCGUCGUCUACAAAUGUUUAAUUUAACGUGGAACAUGGUUUUGAAUGUUGUCUAAUGCAUGUUGGACAGGAUAUGACAAACACAGAGCUUAAUGCCGGCAUGGCGCGAACCCGAUUCCUCUAAACGACGCCGGGCCAAAAAUAAGGAUUUUGAAAACGUUUGUUACCUGUGCAAAGCGCAAUUUAAGAAAAAAACAUUUUGUGCUACAGGAUUUUUUUUUUUUUGUGAAUGGGACAGUUGGUGCCGUACCGAGCUAUAGAGGGCACUUUCACGCCAACCAAUCAAAGUCCUUAAACAGAAGACAUACUUCAACUGCUUUAAUUUUUCCACUUAUUCAAAAUACAUUCUACACAUAGCCAAGCAUUAACAGAUCACGUGAUCAUGUUUCGCCACCAUAUUGGACCAUAAUCAAGUAGAUAUUGAAUACAUUAAAGGAAGCCAUUGAUAAUCUACAGCUAAAAAUAAUUGAUCAUGCAAGAGAAUUAGAGGUAUCUGAGGAAUUUGGGCCAUUUCGAUGUUCACCAAAUAUGGCGGUGAAUGGUCACGUGACCCUUCGUGCAUAAUGAAGUAUCUUUACUUCCAUAAAAUGCGUCGAAUUCACUCAUAACUUUGCGAUGUCAUACAUCAACGCUCAAAAGGUGUUUGAAAUAUUUUAUAGUGUUGUUAUUAAACAUUGUCAUCUUGUGAGGAAAAAAAGGAUUUAGAGGGGAGGGUGGGGGUUAACCGGUACCAACCUCCUAUGGAAGUGAAACCCUUGAUUUUGUCCUCGAAUAUCUCCAAGUUGACUAAGUCAAAUCGAAGGUAAGCAGGCUCAGUAUUUGGAAUAUAUUGACAAGGGUGGAAAACUUGGUGAAAUGAUGUUCCAAAAAAAAAACAUUUAUAUAUAUAUAUAUAUAUGGGCUUCCUGUGUUUUCUCGUCUGGAAAUGCAUUGUGGAUACUAUGUCGGCUCGUUUGACAAGCAAAAAUAUUGUUAUUUUUGUUCGCGUGAAAAAUGCACCCGUUACUAUUACUUUAUCGAGCUUUUCUAGCAGAGGGAAAGGCUAUCGAGCAAAGAAGGAAGGCAUGCCAAUGGUACGUACAAUAAUAUAACAAAUAUCUUAGUUUUGCACUGAGAGUAAGUUCCAGCUUUGGAAAAAAUUUUUUUUUCGUAGAACACGGCUUAGAGGUGCCGACAAGUUCGUGCCUUAUCCUUAUUAUUAAACUCAUUUAUAGUUUUAGUUUACUUUCAUUGAGUUUUAGCAAGGAAUAUUUGUGAAUAAACUCAGGCUACGCUGUAGUUUUGGCGGGAAAUAAUAAGGCACGAAUUUUUCUACUUUUAUCAUCACAUGGCUACAAGUUUUGCUUGAUUGAUAAUAAAAUGAAGUACCUGUA